CGACGAAGAGGAGCUUCUUACAGAGUCCGAGGACGACAAUGAUGUUGCAGAGGAAAGCGAGAACUACCCGUCGGAAGAUGACUAGACUCAUAAUCCACUUAUCCAAAAAGGGAUCUGCUUCUCUACAUUCGGCAUUUGCGAGUGGCUUUAGCUGACCCGAUUUAUCUCCGAAGGCGACAAGCUUCAUCUCUCCGAAAUCAGGCUGCAACGUGACUUCUCUUUAUCAUCAAUCCUCGUGGACGACUUCUUGAGGGCCAUGGCUAAGGGAUUGAGUCUGUUUACAUCUGGGAAUGACAUUGCUCUUUGUGUCUUUGAGCAAGUCUACGAUCAUUAUCCAUUGUCAAUAGGACAACUGCGUCUCGUAUCACGUAGAUGUCGACACCUCGCAGACUCGUUCUUCUUUAGAAGCAUCCGUCUCUAUGAUCAGGAUCUCCCCCCAAAUCUCAAUGCUGUGAACGGACAUAUCAUCCGACGGUUACUCGACUCUGAAGACGUACUAUCGCGAUACGUUUGGCAUUUCAGACUUGAUAGGUUCUUUCCCGGAACGGAGUUAUCGACACUAGAUUCUCCAGCAGUUCUUGAGCAGAUCGUCUCAAAUCUGAACAGCCCUCGCACCUUCCAUCUGUCCGGGGCAUAUGGUAUGUCGGAGAACACCGCAAUUCUGAUUCAAGAGAAAUGGCCACAAUGCCGUCUAUUUAUUACAAACGACAUCUAUGGCACUGCAGGUGGGCGCAACCCGCCGGGAAUCUUCACGGUGGUAGAACACCACUUGGCAGUCCAGCUGUACUACUUGGAUUACACUGCCUCACAUAGGCGGCCCUUAGGCGCCGCCGACGGGGUUUCUGAAUACAGGAAUAUGUACCGUCAAGAUUUCCUGCGCCUUACCAAGCUUCUCAUGCGCCUGAAGAACUUGAAGGUGUUGAAAGUGGCCGAGAUGUGUCUUCCUUCACGCUCGUCUGGUGCUCCCAUCAGUAUGAACUUGCAACUUCAACUAGGAGAGAGGCUACCACCGCUAGAGGAGCUUUAUUUCGGUCGUGGAAUGCUCGAGUUCAAUCAAGAGUUUUGCGUUCAGCUCAGAGAAUCCAUUGACAAGACGACGCUACGGAGACUUGAUCUGGGUAGGCGAUGCCCACAUCAUGUUUUAAAAGAACUGAAAGGGCGUUUGCCAAAUUUGAAAUCGCUGCGUUUUGCCCUCAACAUCUACGAUUCGGAUAGUGGAUAUCGACCCAAUGGUGCCGUUCCAGACUAUUGGACGAACGAACAGUGUGGGAGCGUUGACAUUGUCCGAGGGCACGUUCCAUACGUCGUUGCUUCCAGCCAUUCUGAAACAGCAUGGGCGUACUCUGCGGACACUGGAUAUCCAGAACAAAACUAACGGCCCACAAGUCUUCUGGACUAAGGACGAGCUCACC